AUGGGGGAUCGAGGACAGAAAUUACAUACAAAAGUUUAUACUCUNAAAGAAUACAACCAAACACCCCAUACUAUAACAGGAUUCCCUCCAAUGUUUUUGAUGUACGGAGAAAUCCCCGAUUCACCUCACAACUUGAAUUAUCCCUCUCUCAGCGAAGCACGUAAGAUUGCCACCGAAAGAACUGAAUUAGCUCACGAAAGAAACAGAGAUAAAUAUAAUAGUCAACAUCAAACUCCAAACUUCAAAGUAGGAGAUCAAAUAUUACUACAAACCUUCUUCCAUCCCGACCAAGGAAAACUUGCUCCAAAGUAUCAUGGACCUUUCACCAUAUUAAAAAUAGUAUCUCCUUGUAACGUAGAAAUAGACAGACCUGUCCAAUCAUUAAAUAAAUUAACCGAUAUUGUAAAUGUAGAUAAAAUUAUACCGUAUUAUAAUCCAACCAACUUUAGAGUUCAAGCCGAUAAAUUGUAUAACACCCAGCCCAACCUCCCUGAGGCUCCAUGA